AUGUCCACACCAGCUCAGAGAUUGCAUCACAUUGCUCAGAUCAUGGGCUCCCGCACCCUGUCGGAGAAGUCGUUGCUGCCUGCGCUGCCUUUCAAGAUCUCCGUUAUCGGCUCCGGCAACUGGGGCACCACCAUCGCCAAGAUCCUUGCUGAAAACGCUGCCGCCAGACCUCACUUGUUCAAGCACUAUGUGGACAUGUGGGUGUUUGAGGAGAAGGUCAACGGCCGCAACUUGACCGAGAUCAUCAACACCGACCACGAGAACGUGCGCUAUCUUCCUGGCGUCCAGCUCCCAAAGAACUUGAGGGCCCAGCCUGAUAUUGUCAAGGUGGCCGAGGACGCCGACUUGUUGGUGUUCAACUUGCCCCACCAGUUCUUACCCAAAGUGUGCAAGAUGUUGAAGGGCAAGGUGAAGCCUACUUGCAGGGCCAUCUCCUGCCUCAAGGGUUUGGAGGUGACUCCUGAAGGUUGCAAGUUGUUGAGUACCGUCAUUACUGAAGAAUUGGGCUUGGCCUGUGGUGCUCUUUCGGGCGCCAACUUGGCUCCUGAGAUCGCUAGAGGAAAGUGGUCGGAAACCACCGUCGCAUACACCAUGCCUAAGGACUUCAGAGGCCCCGGCAAAGAUAUCGACCUCUUUGUGCUCAAGGCUGCUUUCCACAGACCUUACUUCCACGUGAACGUUGUUCAGGACGUGGCCGGUGUGUCUGUCGCUGGUGCUUUGAAGAACAUUGUCGCCUUGGCUGUCGGUUUUGUGGAAGGCUUGGGCUGGGGUGACAACGCCAAGGCUGCCAUCAUGAGAGUAGGUCUUUUGGAAACCAUCAAAUUCUCGCAAACGUUCUUCCCCGAGUCCGAGUCUGGCACUUUCACCAAGGAGUCUGCCGGUGUGGCAGACUUGAUCACAACGUGCUCUGGUGGCCGUAACGUCAAGGUGGGCCGUUACAUGGCCGAAACCGGCGAGAGCGCCGAGGUGGCCGAGAAGAAGUUGUUGAACGGCCAGUCCUCCCAGGGUAUCAUCACUGCCCGUGAGGUGCACGAGUUGUUGACCAACGUGAACAAGACGGAAGAAUUUCCCUUGUUCGAGGCCACCUACCAGAUCAUCUACGGUACUGAGAGUAUCGAGAACUUGCCCAAGUUGUUGGAGACGUGUGACGAUUAG